AGUCGUGUACUGCUGCGGAUAGAUUCCUAAGUUUUUGUCAAAAACUCAUCAAACCCUGGUAAAAAUGGUCGAAGCCAACGGAAUCGAGUUGACCGAGCAUGAAGCUGAGUUGUACGAUCGUCAGAUUCGUCUGUGGGGACUCGAAUCCCAGAAGAGAUUACGAGCCGCCCGUAUCCUGAUUGCCGGAGUAAAUGGUCUCGGAGCGGAAAUUGCAAAGAACAUCAUUUUGUCUGGCGUAAAAGAGGUAACGCUGCUGGAUGAUCAGGUGGUGAAAGAAGUGGAUUUCUGUUCCCAGUUUCUGGUUCCGCAGUCGGCAUUGGGAACGAAUCGUGCCGAAGCUUCCCUGUCUCGGGCCCAGCAACUUAACCCAAUGGUUGAGUUGAAGGCAGACACGGAGAAACUAGCCAAGAAGUCGGAUGAUUACUUCAAGGGCUUCGAUGUGGUGUGCAUCUUAGGAGCUACGACUGAGCAGUUGCUUCGUAUCGAUGGCGUGUGUCGGGAGGCCGGAGUGAAGUUCUUUGCCGCAGACUUGUGGGGUAUGUUCGGGUUCAGUUUCGCCGAUCUACAAGAGCACAACUUUGCCGAAGAUGUAGUGAAGCAUAAAAUCAUUUCCAAGCCUCACGAAAAAACUAAAACCGAGCUGGUAACUUCGACUGUAAAGCGUACGCUGAAGUACCCGCCCUACCAGGCGGUCUUGGACUUUGAUUUCAAGGCCAAAUCGUAUGCUCGUAAGCUGAAACGUUCCGGUCCUGCUCUGCCACUGCUCCGUGUUCUGCAGACAUUCCGUGACAACGAGAAACGUGAUCCGCUGCAUUCGGAACGGGAGGGCGAUCUGCAAAAGCUGCUGAAAAUUCGCGACGAACUGGCAGCUGAUCUGGUUCCAGAUUCUGCCCUGGUGCACGUUUUUGCACAAAUAUCGCCGGCAGCUGCCAUCGUGGGAGGUGCUGUGGCGCACGAGGUCAUCAAAACCGUUUCGCAGAAGGAAGCCCCGCACCAUAAUGUUUUCCUGUUCGAUCCGGAAAGUUGCUGCGGAUUCAUCGAAACGAUCGGUGCGGAUGCCUAAAAGGUGCGAAUGGAAAACAUUUCCGGCUCUCGCAAUUAAUAUUUAAGACAGUAAGAAUACUAUAA